AUGCCUGAUCACCCGCCAGAAGUUCCCCGCCGCCGACACACAGCCAGCUCGGCCGCCGACACUCCCAAGCCUUUCCUUCGCCGAUGGACAUACAAUUCCAAUGCCAGUAGCCACGCCUCACGGAGCCAUGCUACGACCCAAGAGCGGUACCCGACCUACAAGCUCACAUGGGAGGCUCUAGGCGGUUAUCUUGAGGGCAUAUGGCCGAACUGGAAAGCCGACAGGGCAAAUGGCCGUCAGGACGACCGUAAGAAGAUUGCAGCUCUUCGCGACAGCAAACCGCUUGCUCGAAGGUCAUCCACGUCCGAAGAUGAAGAAUAA